UCCGUGCAGUUUACCCCCUCAUCGAUACGUGCAACUGAUACUACCCGGGAAAACUCGACCUCACACGGCGGUCGUCUUGGCUGUGUGUGCGCGCUACAAACUUUUUCCUCGCAUGCUCCUCGGCUCUCUCUGCGCCUGGCACGGACCACGGAAAAAAAAGUUUCGCUUGUGCGGGAUAAAAGGACGCCCAGGACCUGCCAAGGAAUUACUUUAUACACCGACGAGCGAUACCGAGCCUGAAUUGCCAGCAAGAGGCACCCAUUCUAAGUAUAAAGGACGGACCCAAUCGGCACCAUACUCCCCAUACCAUUCCCCCCCGCUCUUUUCUCUCCACCCCUUCCCCCCGGCCCACUGAGCUCACCGCUCACCCCUCCUCCUCCUCAACCAACACCCCCGGUCAAGAUGGACCUUCAUCACCGAGCCGCUUUCAAGAUGGAGAGCUCAUCGUACCUCCCUGGCCCAUUGGCGUCUCCAGCUCUCAUGGUGCUGGCGUCAACAGCCGACGCCAGUAGGGAUGCCUCGGCCCCUUGUCAGCAGCCGCGGCCGUUUGGCGCACCCGUGUCCGUCUCUGACAAAGACGUGCACCUACCCUUCGCCAACGGCUCCUACGCCUUCGCCUCUGUCUACCACCGACAGCCUGGCUUUGGUGGCCGUGACUUUGCGCCAUCUCUCCUGCACCUGCACCACCAGUUUGCACCACCUGGCCUAGACUGUCCACCAUCCAUCAGUGUGCUUAACCAUGGUGCUGUUGGAGCCUUCCGGCCCUUCGCAUCACCACCAGAAGAACGUGAUGCAGCCUCAGGGGCCUACCAAUCAGCUUUCACUCCAGCAAAGCGCCUCAAGGGCUGCCUGGAGGCAGAAGCAUCUCCACACCUGCGCUACUCAGACGCUGAGGGUAAAGAGUAUGACUACGGUGGUGCCCACGUGCCCUCAGGCUCACCCGGUGCCCUUAAGGCCGUGGAGGAUGCCGGAAAGAAAAUCUUCGCCGUCUCUGGCCUGCUGUCUGACCGUGAGGCCUCGUCCAGCCCAGAGGACCGCACUGAGCGCUGCAAGAAGAAGGUGUCUCUGUAUGACAGCCAGGCUCCCAUCUGCCCUAUCUGCCAGGUCCUUCUGCGUCCCGGAGAGCUGCAGGAGCACAUGGAGCAGGAGAUGGAAAGGCUCACCCAUUUGCACAUCAGUAAGAACCCGUCACCGAAGGAUCUCAGCACAGCGCCUGGCACGCCCAAGUCUCUCCUGUUGUCAGUGCACAUCAAGCGUGAGGGAGAGUCUCCAGUAAUCUCACCGCUGUCCUCUGACGACCCGCACCAUUCUGACAGAUACCAGACCUUUUUGCGAGUGCGAGCAAACAGACAAACACGACUGAAUGUCGGUGACCUCUGCUGGCGCAGGCGUUACGGCAAGGAUGUGCCCCGAGAUGUGCCCCUAGCUCCCUACUGCCUACACGACGCUCGGAUCGGCAAGCUGAAGCGACGGAAGCCAGAGGAUGGACAGGUAUGUCCGCUGUGCAGCGCUCCGCUGGAAGGAACAGUUGAGGAAAUGAAUAAGCAUGUGGAAGAGUGUCUGUUAAAGAGGGAAGGCGGCAUAGAGGACGACCAGGCAGAUAUGGAAGGCGAGAACGGCACUCGCUUCGAAGAGUACGAGUGGUGCGGCCAGAAGAGGAUCCGAGCGACCUCUCUGCUGGAGGGAGGCUUCAGAGGAACAGGCUUUGCCAUGUGCAGCGCAAAAGAGAGCCACGACAGCGACGCCGACCUGGACGUGGACGGAGACGACACCCUGGAGUACGGCAAAGCACAAUACACUGAAGCAGAUAUCAUUCCUUGUUCCGGAGAGGACCAAGGGGAGACCAAAGAACGUGAGGCACUCCGCGGCGCCGUCUUAAACGGAGGCAUGCCGUCCAACAGGAUAACGCCGGAGUUCUCCAAGUGGGCUAGCGAUGUUCACUCAUUACGUGGAGGUGUGUGUGUGUCUGCAGAAAUGCCGUCCACCAGCAACGGUGAGAGCAGCAAGCAGGAGGCCAGCUCUGCAUCGACAUCCACCGUGCCCAGGACCUGCAAAAACAGUGAGAUUGAGAAAAUCACAGAGGAUUCCACAGGCACCACACUGGAAGCUCUGAAGGCUCGCAUCCGAGAACUGGAGAAGCAGAUCCUUAGAGGAGACAGAUACAAGUGUCUGAUCUGCAUGGACUCCUACACAGCGCCCCUCACCUCCAUCCAGUGUUGGCAUGUCCACUGUGAAGAAUGCUGGCUUAGGACUCUGGGAAAUAAGAAACUGUGUCCACAGUGCAACACCAUCACAUCACCAGGAGACCUCCGACGUGUGUACUUGUGAACAAGUCAGCAUCAGCGUCCAGAUUCUUCCCCCAUUUUCCUUUUUUUGUCUAUUCUGUUCCGGUGGAUUACAGUUUCCUCUUCCAGACUGAGAGUCGUGUGCCGAUAUUAACAAGGAGCGUCUGAUGUAGCAGCAAACUGCACAGGGACUUGUAAGGACUAUGUAUAGACUCAGUAUUUCCCUGUGAGUGAGACGCGCCUCCCACUUCUUGCCCAGCCUCUGACUCUGCCCCCUUGUGGUGCUCCAUGUUACGGUGCAAGUCCAUAACGCUGCUGCCCACUUCCCCGCUUCGCUUUGACACACACCCACCAUCUGCUACGAUGGAGUGUGUGUUUGUGUGUCUGUGUGUGCAUGUUGGUGGGAUCCCUCUCAGCAAGGCCUACGAGAUAGUCUUCAGCUGGGAGCUUCAGCCCUUCAUCCCGACAGGGAAAAAAAAGAAAAAACACAGAAAAAAAAUAAUAAAGAAACUGCUGAUAGUUUAGCCUUCACCCUUCUGUCCCUUUCAUCCUUUUCUUCAAACUGUCAUUGUGUUUUUUCUCCCACCUUGCCAAUAACCCCCCCACCGAUUUUCACUUCUUUUGUGGUGUUCUAGUGACGUCAACCAAAUUCAAUGAAUCAGUGCAAGCACAUGUAUUAUAGUCUUGUAUGUUUACGGUGUUGUGAGUAAAUGACCUAGAGAACACACUUGUAUACACAUGCAUAACAUGCACACACACUCAAAAAAAUGACACACAAGUAUAUAUCGCAGUUUUAGUUGGGGCCGGGGGUCGGGUGGGUGGGUGAGGGAGGGGCUGAUGUUUCAAUCUUUGUGGAAAAAGAAAUCCCUCUGUAUUUUUAAACAGAUGUUGUUGUCUUGAGGUUGAAGUUGUAUUUCAUUGUACAGGAAGAAAUUUAAUAAUAUUAAUAAUGAAGUACUCAAACUAGGCUUUAAAGGUUUAGGCUGUACAUUUUUUUUUCAACUCUGAUAUACGGUAUAUACUGUAGAUUCAAGUUUAAAGUAAGCGAGCUCAUCGUUUUUUGUUUGUUUGUUUUUGUUUUUCCCUUUUUUUUAUAUCAGAAAGACUGAUUAAAUUUUAAACUGUUAAGCACCCUGAUGAUCCUUUCAAGUGACAACAGAAAUCAGUUUUCUGCAAGCAGAUGCCUAAGAAAGGUGUGAUUCUGUUCAUCCUUGCUAAGAUGGGUUAUAAAACAAAACAAAAACACAAAAAAAAGCUUCGCAUCCCCUUGUUUUCGGGAUAUGUUCAGAUCAUACAGCCUCAUUGUGGAAGACAACAAUGCUUUUCCUUUCUUCCUACAAGAAGGAACGGAUUGGAUUGGAUGAUUGGCAGAUGGCCUGAUCCCUCCGCUCUCUCCAGGAGUGACAUGGUGUACUUUUGUAUUUGUACAACUAUAUAUAUUGUGAUUUUUCUUUUCUGUAUUGAUGUAAACAAGGGGGAAAAGGUUUCAAGAAAAGAAAGCAAAGUGCUGAUCCCAGUCCCACAAUAAAUGGUCAAAUGUUGCAUUUCUUUUUUUUUUUUAUUUUUCUCUUUUUUUUUCCCCCCUUUCCUUUUUAUUUUUUCCUCAUAUUAUUUGCACCGUUAGUGAGAUUUAUGGCUGUCUCAAUUCUGUAAAUAAACCACUUUUCAAUUUUUCAACA